UUGUUGAUGAUCCAGUGCGGAAACUCGCACCGAAGUUUCCGUGGUCAUCUCUCUUUCAUCUCGCGCGCUCGUCUUCGUCUUCGUCUUCGAUUCUGCAUCGCUUGUCCAUCCUCAGGCCUCGAGUAAUUUUACGUUGUUUCGAUUCCAAUUCUUCGAAACUGGAGAGACAUCGCCCAACUUCUUCGGCGCCGCCGUGGCCAUCCGACGACCACCGCCCCAAUUUCAACCACCAGUUUGAUCCCUAUGUUCAAUACCCCAAUCACCAUCCCGUGCCUCCUUUUGGCGAGCCCAAUUACCCCCCACAGUACCCACACCGUCCGCAAGCGCCGCCGCCUCCGCCGCCUCCGCAACACCAGCCGCCGUUCCAGCACCAGCACCAGCCUCCGCCCCCGCCCCCGCCGCCGCACCAGCACCAGCAGCCGUACCAGCACCAGCGUAAUAACUGGAACCAUCCAGAGUUCCAUAAUCCUCCGCCGGACUACCGUCCCCCGCCACUCUUUAACGGCGGGACCCAUGAGGUGUUCGGAAACGGCGGUAUGAGGCCGAAUUAUGGGAAUCAAAAUGCUAAUUUGGGGCGUAAACGGCCUAGAAACCAGCCCAUCAGAACAGUUCCUGCAGAUCAUGCUGAGGCUGGUGGUACUGCGAAAUUGUAUGUUGCACAAGUUCCCCGAACAGGAACCGAAGAAGCUAUUCGUCCCUUGUUUGAAGUUCAUGGAGAGAUUCUCGAGAUUGUCAUAUUAAGGGAUAAGCUAACUGGCCAACAACAAGGUAGUUGUUUUGUGAAAUACGCUACCUCCAUUGAAGCAGACAGGGCAAUCAGAGCUUUGGACAAUCAGUAUACUUUUCCUGGAGAAAUGACUCCUAUCAAUGUGAAAUAUGCCGAUGGUGAAAAGGAGCGCCUUGGAGUACUUGAAAAAUUGUAUGUUGGUAGCUUGAAUAAAAAUACUACAAAAAGGGAAAUUGAGGAGGUAUUCUCACCUUAUGGUUUUGUUGAGGAUAUUUAUAUCAUGCGUGAUGAGCUGAAGCAAAGCCGAGGAUGUGCCUUCGUUAAGUACGCUCGUAGAGAUAUGGCAAUGGCAGCAAUUGAAGCAUUGAACGGAAAAUAUACGAUGAGAGGUUGUGAUCAGCCGUUGAUUGUUCGUCUUGCAGAACCUAAGAAACCCCGGAUUGGUGAACAAAGAAGCAACAUGUCAGGCAGCCCAAAAUUUGGUCAUCAUCCACACCCAUUUAGACCAGAGCUUCCUCUUGGCCCUCCUGCUGGAGGAUGUUUUCCUAAUAACCCAUAUCCCGGACAACAAAACUCUGCAAGUUUAGGGCCACCAAAGAGUGCUUCCCAAGUGGUAUCCCAUGCCCCUUUCGCUCCUAAUAGCAUACAGAAGCCACCCCCUCAAAUACAAGAACCCUCGUCAUCUUUUUCUCAAAUGCCAUUGCGACCGAUGAGACCGACACAGCAAGUUUGUCAGCCUCCUACACAGACUGAUUUUUCUAAGAUGCCGAAUCAGGUGCAUAGUCAGCCCAGGCAAGAUUCACAUCAGCAGCAGCAGAAUUUACAGGGUCCUCCAGCACGCGAUGUUCAAACCUUUACCGGUACUCCCAACUCGCCUAUGACACAUCCAAGUUCUCAGGUAGAGGGUCCUCUGGAGUGCGAUUGGAGCGAACACACCUGCCCGGACGGUUUCAAAUACUAUUAUAACUGUGUCACCUGUGAAAGCUUGUGGGAGAAGCCAGAGGAGUUUGCCACUUUUGAGCAACAAUCAAAGCAGGAAAAGCUUCAAAAACCAAACCGUGCAGGUCGCUCUUCUCCAGAGGGGCUUCCUCAGCCAAAUCUCUUCAAACCCAACGUCCAAACUUCCGCAGCUGUACGAGAGUUGGAUUGUAUGCGACUUCAAUCAAAAGCAAGUCCUGUUGUUAGUCCAGCCUGUGUUUAACAAUGCUGUUUAAGUUAUUAGGAAGGUUAUUUAGGAUAUUUAGUAGUUUAUCCUGUUAGCAACUAACGUUGAUCCUUUUGAUGCCUAGUCAUUACAAUGUGAAUUAGGAUGGUAACAAAGACUACACGUUAGCUGCUCGACUAGCGAGUACACGAUGAUUUUGUAAUGCUCGUGUAAAGCUGAUGCUAUAUAGUCUAUUGGCAAUCUCAAUGUUCCUGCAAACACUUGGUAUAGUAUAUGUAUGAAGGAGAUAGGCUAAGCUUGCAUGCCACUUCUGUCGAGUUGCUUCUCUAAACGGUAAUUAAUGUGAUAUUAAUACUUUAGAAGCUGUUGUUCUUA